AUGAAGACAGUACUUGGAUGGAGUAUCGUCGGUAUCCUGGACAGUGAGGCGAAAAGGAGCAACGGGACGUCCUGUCACUUUGCCUUCCGCGUGCACACUCGAGAAGUGAGCCCUGUUCAGCUGAUGCACCUGCUUGAGGCUGACUUCCACGACACGCUUGAAGAGCACACGUACUCACAAGACGACACGAAGUUCAUGAACAUCGUGAAGAGCAAAAUACAUCAGAGAGAGGACCUCCAUUUCGAGAUGCCCCUCCCGCUGAGGGACCAGAUGUUCUCCUUUCCGGACAACAGAGAGGUGGCUUUGAAGAGGCUCCAAGGAUUGAAACGCAGACUGGCGAAAGACCCAAGGUUCCGAGAGGAGUAUGAAGCGUUUAUGAAUGACAUGCUGGAGAGAGGCUACGCCGAAGUCGUUCCAGCCGAUGAACAAGAACAGGAGGCCGGACAUGUGUGGUACGUACCACAUCAUGGGGUGUACCACCCCAAGAAGGCCAAGCUCAGAGUGGUGUUCGAUUGUAGCGCUCAACAUCAAGGAGUGUCUCUGAAUUCGCAGCUCCUUCAGGGUCCCGAUGUCGGAAAUAGCCUCAUCGGCGUACUUAUCCGUUUCAGAAAGGAGCUCGUCGGCCUCAGCUGUGAUGUGCAGGGCAUGUUUAACCAGGUCGGCGUCAACCCAGAAGACCGGAACCUCCUCCGCUUCCUGUGGUGGAAGCGAGGUGACAUCACCGCUAGCCCAGAAGAGCACCGCAUGACAACACACCUGUUCGGGGCGACGUCCUCGCCAGCGUGUGCGAUGAUGGCAUUGAAGGAAACUGCCAACAGAUACGAGAGUACAUCAGGAAGAAGUGCAGCCGAGUUCGUGCGGCGUAACUUCUACGUGGACGACGGCCUCACAUCCGUACCAGACGUGGAGUCUGCCGUAGACCUGGCGAAGAGAACCAUCGAUCUCUGCGCGAAAGGAGGCUUCAACCUACGGAAGUUCGCGUCUAACGAGUCUGAGGUCCUGCUACAGCUCCCGGCCAACCGUCGCGCCAAGGACUUGCAAGAAGUCGAAGUCAUGAGUGAGAUGACGGCACUUGAACACACCUUGGGCAUCAGGUGGAACCUGAGAGACGACACUCUCGGCUUCAGCUUCGAGACUCCAGAACGGCCACCCACCAGAAGAGGGAUCCUCUCUCUCGUGAGCUCCCUCUACGACCCUUUGGGUUUCGUAUCGCCGGUAACCCUUCAAGGCAAGAAGAUCUUGAAGCAGCUUUGCACAGAUGGAUACGACUGGGAUGAUCCACUAGCCGACGAGACUGCCCAACGCUGGGAAAGCUGGAAGUCCGGCCUCUCGCAGCUCUCCUCAGUGAGUGUGCCCAGGUGCUACGCCCAUGGCCUGGGACAAGAGUGUGUGAAGCUGUACGAGUUGCAUCACUUCUGUGAUGCAAGUCUGGAAGGCUACGGCUACUGCAGCUAUCUAAGGAUCAUGACGGAGGACGGGCAAAUGGCAUCAUCACUCGUCUUCAGCAAAGCACGAGUCACUCCUAAGCGCCCUCUCACCGUACCCAGACUGGAGCUGACUGCGGCAGUGGCGAUGGUGAAGGGCAGCUGUCUCCUAAGAAGAGAGCUAGAUAUACCAGAGUUGAACGAAGUGUUCUGGACCGACAGCAAAGUGGUGCUGGGUUAUAUCUACAACGAAUCGAAGAGGUUUCAUGUCUUCGUGUCGAACCGCGUCCAGCAGAUUCGACAGGCGACGCGCCCCACUCAGUGGCGACACGUCCGAAGAUAA